AGGUGCACCGCACCCACAGCAGAAGCGCACGCGCAACGUAAUAUUCCCUUCUUGGGUACGCCAGCAGGCACCUGCGCCCGGCGAGAAGCAGCACAAAGCACUCGCCCCUUUCUCCCCGCGCAUAAUCACCUUCUGUCCUGUGCUGCUCUUCGUCCGUUAUGCGCUUACUUUGAGUGCAGCAUACCUCGGUGAUACUUUCUGCACUAGGUCCUCGCGAUGCUUGUCGCUGCACCAUUUGAACGGUCUUCGGAGGUUGUAGUCUGUGAUGCACUGCUUGUCAACCCUGGUGUGACGAGCCUUAUGAGGAUGAUUAAAAUGAUGGAGCCAAUUGCUGCAAUCGCUUUGUGUGUCGCGGCGUUUCCCAUGGCUGCCCUGCGUCGGUCGUGGCCUAUCAUGAAAGAAAUAACAUCUAAGCUCGGUUACUGUCUCCGCACUGGUACAGCGCGCCUCGCCGAGAUCCUAGUAGCAUGCUUCAGCAAGAUUGCGCACAUGUCGUCUAGCGUUGCUCGUUACAUCGCUAUGUUCAUGAUAACUGCAUAUAGGUGGCUGCUCUUCAUAAUUCACCGGGUACAUGCUUUGCUCGCUGCCUGCCUCUGCUGGAUCUCAAUGGGUAUCAAGGCGAUCCACCAUGUCGUUCAGAGAAAACCGGCCACGAAAGCACAAAUUCCGAUCAUUACCAUAACGCCUGCUGAAAAUCCCGAGACGAGCGCAUGUGAGAGUGUCAUGAUUGCUGCGCUGCUGGAGGAAAUCAGCGAUGGAGCUACUGGAGUCAAGCCGCUUCUGGGGGAUGCAAGCCCAAAUUCCGAAGAUUGUCCCACAGACGACGUCAUCGUCGAGUCGCAGAUAGAUAAACCCCUGCUCCAUGCAUCUCGCGGUCAGGUCGGUGGUGAAGAGCUCUUGGUUGUCGAACAGCACGUCUUAUUGGACGGACAGGAUGUGCAUACCAAGUGUCUAGACCACGAAAUCAGGCCAGACGCUCCUGGCGAUACCCUGCCUGGCGCGAUGACCGGGAAACCUGAGAUUCACGCCAUCUGUUCACGGGAUUCUGGGGGCCCAGUGGUAGUUAAAAUCGAGGGUCCAGUCGCCUAUUCGCCACUAGUGCCUUCUGGGGAUGAUGAAGCAACGGCAACAGCCUCAAUUCCUUGCAAAGCAGGGUAUCCUAUUACGCGACUGGCGCCAAAGGAAAGAGCUCCUGGUGAGCAGCCGACGUACUCGGAAGGCGUCUACCAAAAAACUAUUCCUGGCAGCGCCGAGCUUGGAGCUAAGAAACAGGAGAGUAGCUAUAAUAAUCAGGAUGUUCUCAAUCCGUGUGUCGUGAUUGAUGUUCCUGAAUCGAAAGGUCCUAGUCAUUGUCUAGGGACUACGACAUCAACGGACGAAUCCCCUAGCGAUCCAGCUGUGGAAAGCAUAAAGCCUUACAGGGCCGUCCAGCCCCCACUACCGGCGUGUUCCUUGACACCUAGCCGCAGCACGGCAUCUGAGCUGUCAUUGAUUGUCCAGGGCGAGAAUGGAAAGCGGCUUAACGCUUCAACUGUUUCGCGUCAGAAGAACAGCGAUCAAUGCGAAGACAACAGCCCCAACAAAAUAUGCUUCUCGCUGGGUAAUGAAACGUUCAUGCCCGAGGCGAUUAUGGAAACGAAAGAGUCAGCCAUCAUCCCCUCUGUUCCCCCCUCUUCGGCUCCACGGAAGACGAACAGUAGUUUGUUUAUGACGAUACCGGAGGCUUCGACACCUGGCGAAUUUCCCUCUGCGCAGCUGUCUGCACACAAUGCUCAACUGUUGACAUCUCCGAACACCAAGGAAUGCCCUUCAAGCAUAAAGGAAGGCCCUACCAAAAUAGCGUCAGACGACAAACUUUAUUCCACAUCUAACUCCAAUCCCGAAGGUCGGGAGCCAACUAGUGAGAUAUGGGAUUUUCCAAAAUCGGGAACGAACGCACCAUUUCACCGGUUCUUGUCGGCAUCUAUCCAUGCUCCUUCGGGACAGUCACCAGAACCGGCGGUUCAUUGUACUGGGGGAGCCAUCGAGGCCAGCCCCGCAAUGCCCCAGUCAGGAAGACCGCCACACGUUGUUCUUAGCAAGAACUCCUUGAAUCAUCGGGCGGCGUCUUUCACACCGCACGGCUUGGUUCUGAAAAGUACGUCGACGACAUAUGAUCCGCCUCUGCGACUCGUUGGACCAGGCCUGGAACAGGGCGACCAUGCUCUGAGUCUGAACCGCCCAAACCAUACCCAUUCAAGGAAGUACAUGGCUGAUCUACCUGAUCACACUGCAAAGGUUUACGGACUGCAGCCCUUGCACUCUGCUGGAACCUACGCGACUCAUCGAAACGUUCCCCCUCAGAUGGCCGUUUCGGGUUCCAAUCACGUAACAACCUACAGAGCUCCUUCAACACGCGGGCUCGUCCCAGAUUGGGCUGCUGAGGCUGCUGCAGAGCGAAGGUCUGUAGAUAUGCAUAUCUCCGCGCCGAAAGUGUAUCUAGGAACACCAGCAGCCCGUGCAUCCUCGUUGCACCAGCCUUCAGGUACAACGACAAUACGCAUGCCCAUUCCGGAAGAUAUUUUCAGUCCAGCUCCCCAACGUGUCGCAUCCAAAGUGGCCAGAUGGGCCGCCGAAGUAAACCGCGUGCGAGAGCCUGCAAUGAGUCAAAUUCUCGAGGGUUCUAGUCUCGAUGCGCAGGUCAAGGGUUGUUGUCAGGGUGGUCAACAGAGGCCGCUCCUUCUGAACCGUAAAGCAAACACAACGUUAUCACGGGACGAUACGCCAGCUGUUUUCCCAAGCGCGUCUGGAACUGCUUAUCAUGAUCAAGGGCCAGUAUUUUCCGAAUUUGCAAAACGGGCCGUUGAAACGUGCGAUAAAGAGCAAACAAAGUACGGGGAUUUCCUAUCAAAAAUGUUCGACAAAGUGUUAAUGAGAAUUUUAGGACUGUCCCCUGGGGGCAGUACAACUCUUACUACGAACCCCUCUGUGCAAGGAACAUGGAGGAUAUUAUAUUAGAGGCGAGGCGCAUCAACGCGGAUGUUGGGAGGCUGCCUUCGAACGGACAAUCUCCUACUACAGUGAGCGACUUCAGCCUGAACGAGUGGUUCAGUCGUGCAAGGGAUCCGAUCUCCGGAGACGACAUCGAGAGGAUGAUCCGUAUGCUCGAAAGGGGAGCAUGAGAUGUAAACUUCCGAUGGUUCUGUGAGCAGUACUAGUGUCGGUGCGAUUCUGCGUGGUUUUUACCGCCUUGAAAACAAAUUGUAUCAGUGUCUAGAGUGAUCCGUCAGACGUUUCUUCUCGUAAAGUACGGUUCAGUAC